AUCUUCAUUCCAAUUUCAAAACCAUUUACAAUAUAACCUUCAUUGCUUCUAUCUCCCUCUACAAACCUUCAACUUCUAAAACUCGUUAAAGAAAAUUUUAAAGAAAAAAUGGAGAAUAUGUUUCGUUUGAUAGAUAAUGAUCAAGAAGUAGCUACUAACCGGUGCAUUUGGGUCAACGGACCGGUUAUCGUCGGAGCAGGACCGUCCGGUCUAGCCACAGCCGCUUGUCUCAGGGAACAAAACGUUCCUUUCGUGGUUCUCGAGAGAGCAGACUGUAUCGCUUCCCUGUGGCAAAAAAGAACGUACGAUCGUCUCAAGCUUCACCUCCCCAAGCAGUUCUGCCAAUUACCGAAAAUGCCCUUCCCGGAGAGUUUCCCGGAGUACCCCACGAAACGACAGUUCAUAGAUUAUCUCGAGUCUUACGCCUCGCGGUUUGACAUCAGCCCUAAGUUCAACGAGUGCGUGCAGACCGCUCGGUUCGACGAGACAAGCGGGUUGUGGCGAGUCAAGACCGUGUCCGACGCUGAGUCGACUCGGACGGAGGUCGAGUAUAUAUGCCGGUGGCUCGUGGUGGCUACGGGAGAGAAUGCGGAGAGGGUGAUGCCGGAGAUUGAAGGGCUUUCUGAGUUUACCGGGGAGGUGAUCCACGCCUGCGAUUACAAGUCCGGCGAGAAGUUCGCCGGGAAGAAAGUGUUGGUCGUUGGUUGUGGAAACUCAGGCAUGGAGGUUUCUCUCGACCUCGCUAAUCAUCUUGCUAAGCCUUCCAUGGUCGUUAGAAGCUCCGUUCAUGUGAUGCCGAGAGAAAUAAUGGGGAAGUCCACGUUUGAGCUUGCGAUGAAGAUGCUGAAGUGGUUUCCUUUAUGGCUCGUGGACAAGAUAUUGUUGGUUUUGUGUUGGUUCGUGCUUGGAAACAUCGAGAAGUACGGUUUGAAACGACCGGAGAUGGGUCCGAUGGAGCUAAAGAGCGCGAAAGGGAAGACGCCGGUUCUUGACAUCGGAGCUUUAGAGAAGAUCCGGUCGGGAAAGAUCGAUGUGGUUCCAGGAGUCAAAAGGUUUAACGGAAACAGAGUCGAGCUUGUUAAUGGAGAGGAACUCGAUGUCGACUCGGUUGUUCUCGCUACUGGUUAUCGCAGCAACGUCCCUUAUUGGCUACAGGAGAGUGAGUUCUUUGCAAAGAAUGGUUUCCCGAAAACGGCGAUUGGAAACAGCGGUUGGAAAGGAAGGACCGGGUUGUAUGCGGUUGGCUUCACGAGGAGAGGGCUCUCAGGUGCGUCAAUGGACGCGGUAAACAUCGCACAAGACAUAGGCUCUGUUUGGAAACUUGAAACAAAACAACCCACAAAACGCUCGACAACUAGUCAUCGAAGAUGUAUCUCUCAACAGUUCUAAUGUUAGGAGAAUGACUAGAGUUUUAGGACAGAGAUAAAGAAGUAAAGAAGAAGAGCCCUCUCUGAAGAAGACCCAAAGUGAAUCAAAGGGUGUUGUGUGUGUUUGUUUUUUAUUACCUCCUCCACUUUUUGUGUUUGGGCGUUUUGUGUUAGCAGAGGAUGAUGUGGCCCUUUUUUUUUCAACAUUUUACAGUUA